UUUUUCUACUUAUAGUAUCUAUUUGCAUAUAUCUCUUUACUUACACAGACAUUCACUAAACAAAAACUAAGAAGAAGAAGAAGAUGGAUAAUCUGGCGUUAUGUGAAGCAAACAACGUCCCUCUAACACCUAUAACAUUUUUAAAGAGAGCUGCGGAGUGUUAUCCUAAUCGAACAUCGAUCAUUAACGGACAAACUAAUUUCACUUGGCCUGAGACCUAUGACCGUUGCUGUCGUCUAGCCGCUUCUCUCAUAUCUCUUAACAUCGCGAAGAACGAUGUGGUGUCCGUUGUGGCUCCAAACAUACCGGCCAUGUAUGAGAUGCACUUUGCCGUUCCCAUGGCUGGAGCUGUUCUUAACCCUAUCAACACUCGCCUGGACGCAACAUCCAUUGCCGCAAUCCUCCACCACGCCAACCCCAAGCUCUUAUUCAUUGACCGGAGUUUUGAGCCCUUAGCACGAGAAAUCAUUCAAUUACUACCAUAUGCCGACUCGGAACUGAACCUGCCGGUCAUAUUCAUUGACGAGAUCAGUUUCCCAGAGAGGGUUUCGUCCCGGGAGUUAGACUAUGAGGGUCUCAUCCAGAGAGGAGAGCCUACGCCCUCGUUGGUCGCACGUAUGUUCCAUGUUCAAGACGAACAAGAUCCGAUCUCGUUAAAUUACACGUCGGGUACCACAGCCGACCCAAAAGGUGUGGUGAUUACUCACCGAGGAGCAUAUUUGAGCACAUUAAGCAUGAUUAUUGGUUGGGUAAUGGGGACCUGCCCUAUCUAUCUUUGGACUCUCCCUAUGUUUCAUUGCAAUGGAUGGACGUUUACAUGGGCAACGGCGGCUCGCGGGGGCACCAAUGUGUGUAUGAGGCAUGUGACUUCCCCGGAGAUCUACAAGAACAUAGAAAUGCAUAACGUGACACAUAUGUGUUGUGCUCCUACGGUUUUCAACAUUCUUCUGCGAGGAAAUCCACUUGACCUGUCACAUAGGUCUGGGCCAGUGCAUGUUCUGACCGGGGGUUCACCGCCACCCGCUGCUCUUCUUAAGAAAGUUCAGCAGUUUGGGUUCCAAGUUAUGCAUGCCUAUGGGCUUACGGAGGCCACUGGUCCAGUGCUCUUUUGUGAGUGGCCAGAUGAGUGGAACAGAUUACCAGAGAAUCAACAGAUGGAGCUAAAAGCAAGGCAAGGCCUAGGCGUCUUAGGCCUAGCUGAAGUUGACGUGAAGAACAACGAAACUCAAGAGAGUGUCCCACGCGAUGGGAAGACGAUGGGAGAAAUUGUCAUUAAAGGAAGCAUUUUAAUGAAAGGGUAUCUAAAGAAUCCCAAAGCUACAUUUGAAGCAUUUAAGCAUGGAUGCCUCAACACUGGGGACGUAGGUGUGAUUCAUCCGGAAGGAUACAUCGAGAUCAAAGAUCGGUCCAAAGACAUAAUCAUCUCAGGAGGCGAAAACAUCAGCAGUGUUGAGGUCGAAAAUGUUCUUUACAAGCACCCAAAAGUGUUUGAGGCUGCCGUCGUGGCCAUGCCUCACUCUCAGUGGGGUGAAACCCCGUGUGCAUUCGUUGUUUUACAAAAGGGCGAGACUGAUAAAGAAGAUCUUGAAGAUAAAUCUUUGAGCAGAGAGAAAGAUUUGAUAGAGUAUUGCCGUGAGAAUCUGCCACAUUUUAUGUGUCCGGGAAAGGUGGUAUUUUUGGAGGAACUGCCUAAAAACGGGAAUGGAAAGAUCCUUAAGCCUAAGCUAAGAGACGUCGCUAAAGGUUUGGUUGCCGAGGAUAAGGUGGAUGUUACAUCUAAAAUAGUUCAUCGGCGUGUUGAUCACUUUACUUCUCGACUUUGAUUCUAUGAUUCUAUGAAUCUAGGACUUCUAUACAUAUGUAUGGUUGUCUAUUAGGUAAUGAAGAAUGAUAAAUUAUCUUUUCCCAUUGAUGACAACUACACUAAACCUAUAAGAAAAGAAGAAUUAGUCGAAGAAGAAGAAGCAAAGCUAAGGAAGAGCACGACGAAGAGAAGAAGAUGUUGUCGAAGAAGAAGAGUAACUAACUACAAAGAAGGGAGAAAAGUAAACGUAAGGAGAUGUUGGGCCUUGUGGUGUUUUGGUAAUAAAGGUUAAUGGGCUAAGGAACUUGCAUUAGUUGGAGUGUCUACUUGAGUGUAGUAGUUAUAGGUUGCUUGGAGAAGUGAACCUAGUAUUUAAUUAGUAGUGUGGGUUGUGUAAGAGGCAUGAUUAACGUUUAGGUUUCUAGAGUAGCAAGUGGAGAUAAACCAAUACGUAUGUUGUCUUUUUGUGUAAGCAUUAUUUAAAAAGAUCCUUAAGAAAAAUGUUGUUUCUUGUGUU